AUGGCCCUGCCCGCCCCGCCGGACCCCCAGGACCCAGCCAGCUCAUCUCGGCCCUCCUCACCGGCCCCGCCCCGCCCUCCUCAGCUCGCUACCAUCUCCCAAUCCGGCCCCUCCCUCAGCCCCAGACCCUCCCAGACGCGCCUCGACCGCUCCACACGGCCGAACCCACGGGUCUUCGGCCACAUCGUCGGCGCGCCCCCCGGCUCGGCGUGGGAGAAGAGGAUCGACGUCAGCCAGGCCGGCGUCCAUGCCCCUGUCCAGAGCGGCAUCUCCGGCACCGAAGACAGGGGCGGCGCCGAGAGCGUGGUCCUCAACGACGGCUACCACGAUGGCGACUGCGGCGACAUCAUCUGGUACAUGGGAUCUGGCGGGUAUACCUGCGACGGCAAAAAGACGUCUGUUAUGCAGAACAGCCAAGAUCCCAACAGCAGCACGAAUCGUGCGAUGCAAGCAUCGCUAAGGACUCGCAAUCCAGUCCGAGUCGUCCGAGGUGCCGACGCCGGACAUUCCCCAUGGGCGCCCGAGAGUGGAUACCGUUACGAUGGUCUCUACAUAGUCACUCGUUUCGAUGUCGUCACAGACCCUUCAGGAAGCACGGACUACACAUGUCUGCUCUUCCGCAUGGAAAGGCUCGAGCGAGAUCGCUACGCCCUCCCCAUCAAGUGGGACAUGUACGGACGAGCUGAUACGAAAGCCCACGAAGGGCAAGAGCGGCUACGUGCAGAAGAGGCCGGCCUCAAUACCCCCAACAACCUCCUCGAGCGGAGCAAAGUCCAUCGCCCUCGAGACUCCCUCGGCUCCCAACCACGCCCUACGUCUGCCCAACACCCUCCGGCCCCUCGGCGGUCUCUACCCACUCCUUCCGAGCCACCACGGCCUCUUCACAACUCCUCCAACCACGCCCGCCCGCUCAAUCCGCCAAGCGCCUCUACGACCAUCCAACCGGAAUGGCUAACAAACUCCACUGUGAGGCAAGCCCUGGGUAAACUCAAAAUCCCUCGCAAGCUGCCUGCCCCACCUGCGGGGGAAAAGCCUCCAUCUCCCUCUGCCGUACCAACACACACCUCUACGUCUGACCGUCCCUCCAGUCCACCCGUCCCGUCAACCUCUGCAGCUGAUCCUGCCCCGGAAGAAACAGGGCUAGCCCACCCACCAGCAUGUGCCACUUCUCCUGUGAGGCUCCCCGCAGCUGCCAACCCACCAGCUCGUCCCCUGGAGACAACACGGCCAAUCCAACCCCCAGCCCGUAUCGCGUCUCCUCCGGUCUCCCACGCAGAUGUCAAACCCUCAGUUUGUUUUGGCUCUCCUCCAAUCUCCCACACAGAUGCCAACCCCCCAGCACGUACCUUGGUAAGGUCGCCUCCAUCGCGGGCCCCGCACAGAUCACCUCCCCCGAAAAACCGUAUCGAGAGUCAACCAGCCAGGCGAAGUUUUCCCUCCGACUCACACCGGGACCAUAGUCGCCUGCCGUCUCCCCCACGCAGAGCCUCCUUCAAAGCCAGGCCGAGGUCGCCAUCCCCUAACCGGCGUUUCCACCCAUCACCGGAGAACAUCCGUCCUCCUUCUCCUCCCCGGCCGUCCUCCCAUUACUCACCACAACGAUUAGCCCGUGCUCGUCACCGGUCUCCAUCUCGUGACCGCUCGUCCUCCUCCCGGCCCUUCCUGCCACGAUCGCCCGCUCGUGCAGCUGAUUGGAGGCCCCCGCUCCGAUCUGCGCCAGCCACCCGGAACAGCUUUGGGGAUGUGUCGCGUGGAGCCGAGGUCCGUUCUCGAUUGGACCGGUCCUCCCGCUCCCGCUCGCGAGUCCCCCAGAGCAACCCAUCAAUCCAGUCUCAUGAUCGAUCCGUCUCCGCCCACCGCAAGGAACCCGAGACAGCGUGCUCUUCGGACAUGUCGCUCAGCUCAUCUGCUGCAUCACGGCCGGAAAUGGUGCUCUCCCCUCUGCCCUGUACCAGCUUUAUCACCCAACCAGAUGACCACCCGUCCUCCCAACACCGUGAGCCGGACCCAGCAGACACAACAACAUGUCUGAGCUCGCCCAUGUCUCUCGACUCCGACUUCCCAGCCCCGCGUCCGCCUGGAUCACAUAGCACCGGUCCUCCAGCCCUCCAUGCAACGGAGGCGGGGUCUAAGAACGGUCCUGCGUGCAAAAUGCCCUCUGCUGCUCUCUUCGAGCCGACCACUCCUGGAAGUAUUCUCUCAGAAUUCCAGGACCUUUCCACUGCGAAUGACGAGGACCGAGCCAGCAUGGAACUCGAAGUGGAUGAACUGGAAGACGUCAAGCCUAAUGUCGGCGACAUCGCUGAUCCUCAGCCAGCGUCUCCAACCGCCGAGAAGGAGCCCGCUGCGGAAGACCUCGAUCUUGAUGAUCUCGAGGCUGCCAUCCAGGUCUUCUUCACAGGAGAUGUUGUGAUGCUCGACUGUCCACACCAGUCUGGAGUAGGAUCAAGGCCUGGUGGGUGCGAUCAGAGACCGCAUGUCAAGUGCGAGGUCUUCGAGUCUGAGAUGGCCGAAGGGUCGACCCUGCGGGAUGGAGAAGAGGAGCGGCGGGCAGAGGCAAGUGCGAAGAGCCCGCGAUCGGAGAGCGCGUCGGACGAGCACCCGAGCGAGGCCACCAGGCUGUCGGCCUGCGCAACGGACGAGGCCAUGGGCGGCGGACUCGCGCCGGCCGCAGCCCGCCGUCCGGAAGAAGACGACGAGCUGGACGUGGUCCUGAUCGACUGCCGCCGCUGGCUGGGCGACGACUGGGCCGCCGAGGAGCGCUCCAAGGACCCCUUUCACAGCUUCCCCGUCGCCCAAAACCACGCCUCACAGGCUUGCAAGCUGGAAAGCUCAGUGGCCACUGGCAUUGUUCUCAUUGACUAG